AUGGCGGAGGGUCCGUGCGCAGCCUGUCGCAUCGCAUCGGAUCCCAUCUCAGGUCGACUUGCGCUUGCACAAAACAACAAUACAGCCAAUAUGCCUUCUAACCUGCCCAACCUACGUCGCUUGUUUGUGGAAGCUCGCACUGAGGCUGAGGAGAGCUCAUACUCUAGGAACGCGUUCUACAACCUCGUCAUAUUCAUGUCCUCCAUCGCUGCAUUUGGUCUCAUUGCCCAACGCAUGUCAUCAGGCAAAGCUAUUCGAACCUGA